CGCCAAAGCUGCCGUAAUGAUAGAAGGAUUCACUGAUGUAGUUUUCGCAUAAAUUCGGAAGAAUUGAGUUAACCUUGAUGGUAAUUACGAAAUAAUGACACUGACGGAUAUAAAUGUAUCUAGGGGUGCCCUCGUUUUGAAGCAAAGAAAUUACUAGUUCGUUGUGCUGUCUGUAGAAGGAAUUCAGUAAAUAACAUAUAAAUGGCCAGUGAAGGAAUAGUAGAGACUAGUUCGAGCAACUCUCAGGGUUCUAGUAGUGGCACCUCUACAAUUGAAGUGGGAUAUAAGCUGACGAUAGAUGAGGCUAAUCUAUCUGAUCUAAGCUUGGCUCGGAUCUUUCGUGUACCCAAGUCCCUACGAGAUUCGAGCGACAAUUCCUACCGUCCAUAUCUUGUUUCCAUCGGCCCUUUUCAUUAUGGGAAAGAGGAGCUGAAACACAUGGAGGAAUUCAAAUCUGAAGCAGUUCGAAGGAUGCAAAAGAGGAUCCAGAGGAGGGAUCCAUGCGCUUCUAUUAAGUCAAUUGUUGAAGGCUUCGUACUGCCCAAGCACAAGGAGAUUAGGAAGUUCUAUGGGGAACAUUUUCUCCAGUUCACCGCCAUAGAGUUAGCAUGGAUGGUCACUAGAGAUGCUUGCUUUAUUUUUGAAUUUCUAGUUAAUUAUCUAGAAAAGGGGUUGCGAGAUCAGCCGUUGUACCAGGAGAAAGUGGCUGAAUUCGGCUGGAUGUACGAUCCAGUUUUUGAUGCUGCUUUCCAAAAUCCUUUGACUGGAAAGCUUAUGGAUGAUAUUUUUUUAUUUGAAAAUCAAUUACCACUUUGGGUUUUGCAGCACCUCCAAGUCCAGAUGGAUGGUACUGAUGGCACAAACCUAAAUUUGGACGACUUAAUAGGAUUAAUGCUGAUGGGCGUGGUCAGACAUACUAUUUUUCUGUGGUACGUUCAAUAUGGUUUCAGCGAAUGUUGUGAACAUUUACUGGAAGCACUGUACACGGGCAUGGUUGGCAGAACUGAGUUAUACUUUAGCCGUGAAGCAGUGCCACUGAAAGCUUCCUCUCGCAAUCGCAUGCAGAUCUUCUUUGACAAAGUUGUUGAAUCAGGGAAGGGCAUUUAUAGACGUUGGCGCUCUCUCCCCUCAAAUACGAACUCCGACGAAUUGAACAGUAUACUGCUUUUAAAGUUGCCAACAGCUGUGGAACUGAAGCGCAGAGGAGUGAAGAUCUUCCCAGUGACAAAGGAAAAUGCAAAGAAAAAAUCAGACGAACUCAAGGAAGGGUUUCCAGCAAUUAUGUUUAUAAAAUUUGAUGAGAAAACAUCAACGCUUUAUUUACCAGAAGUGACAUUGACGCCAGAGUCAAAUUCAGUCAUAAGAAACUUUAUUGCAAUGGAAUUGAGUUUAAAAGAGAAGUACAAUCCGAGACCGAUGACACAGUUUGCCCUAUUUAUGGAUGAGCUGAUAGACAGCGAGGAGGAUGUUGCUGUUCUGAGGAAGGCAGAGGUGAUUCACAACUUCUACGGGAGCAACGUUCAAGUGGCAGAUCAUUUCAACUCUUUAACCAAAGGGAUUGCCCCUUAUUCGGGCUGCAAAGUAAUUGAUGACGUCAGAAUAGGACUGCAUAAGUACACUAAAAGAAAGUACAAGAUUCUGUGGAGUGAAUUCAUGAGAGUUUACUUUUCUAAGCCAUGGCUGCUUGCAGGAUACAUUGGAGCCGUAUUGCUACUUCUGAUGACGGUGACACAAGUAGUUUGUCUGUUUGUUUCUUGCCAGCCCCACGACUCUUGAAAUCCAUCUUUUUUCCUCUUUGCUUUUUAUGUAUCAGUAUAGUUUCUAUUAAUUUCUAGUAAAUGUAAUGGUUUUCAAUUAUCCAAUUCUCAUCGUUGUUUAUUUUGCCA